ACAGCGGCCAAUAGCAGGGGCGGAUACGGGCUCGUCCAUCCCGGAGAGGCGGAGCGUGAUCGGCGAGAAGGGGCGACAACAUGUCGGAGAGAAAAGUGUUAAAUAAAUACUACCCGCCGGAUUUUGAUCCAUCUAAAAUCCCCAAACUUAAACUUCCAAAGGACCGUCAGUAUGUGGUCCGGCUGAUGGCUCCUUUUAACAUGCGGUGCAAGACUUGUGGUGAAUACAUCUACAAAGGCAAAAAGUUCAACGCUCGGAAGGAGACAGUCCAAAAUGAAUCUUACUUGGGGCUUCCUAUUUUCCGGUUUUAUAUCAAGUGUACCCGCUGUCUUGCAGAAAUCACUUUCAAGACAGACCCUGAGAACACGGACUACGCCAUGGAGCACGGGGCCACUCGGAACUUCCAGGCUGAGAAGCUCCUGGAGGAGGAGGAGAAGCGGCUGCAGAAGGAGAGAGAGGAUGAGGAGCUGAACAACCCCAUGAAGGUUUUGGAGAACAGAACCAAGGACUCCAAGCUCGAGAUGGAGGUCCUGGAGAACCUGCAGGAACUGAAGGAUCUGAACCAGCGGCAGGCCCACGUGGACUUCGAGGCCAUGCUGCGGCAGUGCAAGGACUACGAGGAACAGCAGCGGGAGCGGGAGCAGGAGGAGGAUGAGCAGGAGAUGAAAGCUAUGCUGGAGAAAGCCCAGAUCAGGCGGAUGUUGGAGGACUCCAGUUCAGAUGAGGAACCCGCUCCAACACCCGCAAAAUCCCUUACCAGAAUGAAGCCCACGGACAUCCUGCAGGAGGAUCCAGGGCCACAAGCGAAGAAGCUGAAGGGAGAAAGCUGGGAGCGGAGCGUGGGCCGGCUGCCCCACAUGGCCAAGCUCUCGGGGCUGGUUGCUGUGAAGAAGCCAGUGGGCGUUGGCCUCGUAAAUGGAACAGGAAGCCCGGGUACACCGCCUGGAUCAGGUGCUGGGAAUUGCAAUGCAGAUGAUGCCUUCAAGGAUGCCGCAUUCUAUUCCAGUUCAAAACCAGGAGCCUCUUCCCUCAGCCUUCUGGGAGCAUACUCUGCCAGCGGGGAAAGUGAAAGCGACUGAUCAUUCCUGGACGGAAGGGCUCAGCACCCCCACCAGCCCUCUCCCAGUCAAUUGCCCUUUUUGUGUGGAGAUACUUUCCAGCCCUCCAGCUGCAUUCCUAAGCACAGCUGGCGGCUUCAAUCCAUGGAGCAUCCGCUGCAAAAUUGGUGUCGCGGCGUUAUGUUUCCUCGGGUGACGGUGUCCCAGCCGGGUUCCACCCACCACUAAUGAACUGUUCCCUGCCUUGCCUCACAAGCAGUUCCAAUGAGUUCAAAUUAGGUUCCUCUUGCAGUAUUCGAGGGGGCGAGGGCCCAGCAAUGGAGCAGUGCCUGCAGAACCAUCUCUCUUGGGUGGUGCUGGAACCUGAGCCAGGCCCUGGCUUUGGAAUCUGCAAGCAGAACAGAGGGAGAGAUUCUGACCCAUCCCGGCCAACCCUACCCAGCUGCUUGGCUGUAAGUGGGAUGGAACCCAGGAUGUAGUUUGGCUGGCCAGUGGGCAGAUGGGCCUGAGCCUCUGUCCAUGGGCUGCUCUCUCACUUCCCUCCCCUCCCCAGUACAGCAGGCUGCAGUAAGCAGAGAACUGUUGGGGGCUGAGUUGAUCAAGCUGGGAUUUUGUUUGGCUUGUGGCAUUCAUCUGCUUGUUGUCUGAGUGGAACUUAGAAGCGAGGGACACGAGGGAGCUGGGUUUUUUGCCAUUCCUGCAUUCACUUUGAGUCGGUCAUCUAGGCCCCCGUAGGCCAAGCAGGCAGGUAGCCUUGAUGCUUUCAGUUCUUCGUGCGUAUCCUGCCAGGGUGUCUCGUGACAGUGAGAUGAAUUGGUGUGGGUGGGUUCUUCUGGUGUGGGGGCAGCUGGAGAGCCAGGCUGAGUGAAGUUAAAGGCCUGCAGUUCUGAACACUCCCCUCUGUUCCCGUGGAAAGCUCAUCCUAUUAGAGAAACUGGCGUCCGUGUCACCACGGUCUCCGGCAGAGUUCCCAGCCCAUCUGUCUGUGUGUCAACCCAUCUGUGUUGGCUGGGGCUCCCUGGGAUUGCUUUGCUAUGCAUGGCACACAGCGCGGUCGAGUUCAGAAGAGAGAGUGCAGGGCAGAAUGUUCGCAGAGAUGAAGAGUAAAUUGUUAUUUAGGCUGGAUGAAAGUGGUAAGAAUUUUCUAGUGCUCAGUAUUGGUGGGUCUUGCAACAAAGAGAUUGCAGCGAGGAGAAUUCCUGUUUGACUGGCCAGAUCCCUUUCUGGUUGCUCCAUUGCUUUCCCUCUCCUUGAUACACCAUUAAAUGUCUUCUUCCUCCUCCCCAUCUAUUUUUUCUUUCUCUGGCUAGCAUUUCUAUAACCAGUGAGUGUACGGGGGUGGGAGGGUGUGGAUCUGGUUUACAAUCUUUUCUCAAUUACCCCCUUCCCCGCGCCUAGGUUGUGCAUGUUUUUGUUUCUGGAAUCCACUUGCUUCUCUCGACUCCACUACCGUCUCUCUCUUGCACAUGGUUGGUGCAGUUUUCUGUGUAGAGGGGUUGCCGCACUUUGAAAUAGUAGCUUGAAUUCUUAUCCCCUCUGAAGCUCCUAAACCUGUCAGGGCACUGAAUUGUUUCAGAUUUCACAGGUUCUGGAGCUUGAAUGGAGAGCAUCCCAGCGGCUGGCAUUUCUAAUUAAUUUAGAGUUUGCAUGCUGCCUUUUUGGAUAAGUCCUUCCCAAGGCAGCUUCUGAAAAACAGAAGAGCAGCACAUGAGCACAAUGCGUUUUAAAAGCCAUUCCGUAAAGCAAAUGACUGAUACGAACCAGGAGCAACAAUAGAACAGCAAAUGUAGUCCAUUAAAACGCAACUGUGAAAUCGGUAAAUAAUCACCGUGAAAACAGAAUAAAAUCCCAAUAAAAUCUUACUUGAGAGAAAGCCAUAAUAAAUAAAUGGGUCUUUUUAGCACAUUGAAGGCGUUGCAGUGAUGGGACCUGGUGCCAAAGACCCACAGGCCCUGCUUCCGUGGGCCUGCUGCCUGAAUCGUGCUCUCUAGCCUUUCCCCCGGCCCGUCCACUACAACCCCCAGCCAGCAAUGCCAAUGGUCAGAGGAGGGAAAUGGUCCAAAACACUUGGACAGCUGGAGUCUGUGGGUGGGGUGGAGCUCGAAAUGGGUGAAGUGCAAAACAACAAACAACCCAUGGGAACUCAGCAAAAGAGGUGGCUGCAAGAUUUUGCAGCGAUGGCGGUGCAUGGCUACCAGAGAUGGAUUUUAGGGCUUUACAAAGAUAAAGGAGAGGUGAACAAUGCUCAGAAUGGAGCCCAGGCUUGUGUGAGACCCUCUGCCUCCCGCAGCUGUCGUCUGGAGCUGCCUUUUCGCCCCCCCCCCCCCGCAUCACCGGCGGCCUCUCUGUAAAGGCUCCGCUGAUGGGGUAUUUUUCUCCCCUGCCUCAGCAGCAGUGAGUUAUGGCAAGAGCCAGCAAACUAACGCUGGGUGAUGAAUCUCCAUUAGGCAAGACAGGCGCUCUGCUCCCCUGGGCAAUUUUCCAGCCUUCUCUGAGACUUUCCGAGGGAGGAAAAGCUGCAUGACCCAGCUUUGUCUUUUGGCAGAGCUGGAGGUCACCGGGUGAUACGGAAAUCCAUCACAUGCCCUUUCUCUGAUGUCUGCCCAUCAUCUGACUAAUGAAGCGCGUGCUAAAGUUA